ACUCUACCAUUGCACUUUUCCCACUGUUUCUUUCCCCCAAACUCCUUCUCACCGUCUCAUGAGCAUGUAUGGCAAAUGGGUUUUCAGUUCUCUGACUGUAAGGUCCGAAUCCAAACCCAGCAUCAACAGAGAGCCUAUGUUGCCCCCGUACAAUGUUCUUAUUACCGGUUCAACCAAAGGUAUAGGAUAUGCUCUGGCCAAAGAGUUUCUAAAAGCAGGUGACGAUGUUGUAAUCUGCUCAAGAUCAGAUGGUGUGGAAUCAGCUGUCCAACAACUUAGACAAGAAUUUGGGGAGCAGCAUGUGGUACUCAAUGUGACGUUAGAGAAGGACAGGAUGUGAAAGAUUUAGUUGCAUUUGCACAAAUAAACCUCAUAUACAUUGAUAUAUGGAUUAAUAAUGCAGGAUCAAAUGCAUAUAGUUAUAAACCACUGGCAGAGGCUUCAGAUGAAGACCUCAU